GAGCCCAGUUGUUAGAGACACGGUAAUCCACCUAGGCUACUUAGAUGGCCUAGAGAGCUUGACGUGGCAUUUACUAUUUUUUUAAAGGCAGGGUGGGAUUUGAACCAGUGGCUUACUUCGCGUUCUGUGGGGAUUUAAUGGGCAUUGAGCCCAGAGAUUUGUCCGCGUUCGCCAACAGAAACCAUUUAAGGCCCUGUUAAUGGCACUUUGGAAGCGAUGUGGCUUAAAGGAGACCUGAGCAAUUGGCUCGACAGGUGGAAGAGGGCUCCGGAAUAGGAGGCCGAGCUCCAGCUGACUUGAAUCUCUCUGCCAGCGAAAACAGCUUUGGACUUUUCUCCGCCUUAGUUUCCUGGAUCAUCCACUGGGGCGGUUGGAGAGCUUGAGAACCAGUCCCUCCUAUGCGUAUACAGCCAAGGCAAAGGACAGGGCUAGAGUGUCAGUCAGCCACCAGACGGGAGAUGUUGUGAUCCCAGCUAACAGGUAUCCUCUGCUGGUUGAAAUGUCUAUGAUUUUAUCUGCAUCAGUCAUUCGUGUCAGAGAUGGGCUGCCACUUUCUGCUUCUACUGACUAUGAACAAGGCACAGGCGUGCAGGAGUGCAGGAAGUAUUUUAAAAUGCUCUCGAAGAAACUUGCUCAGCUUCCUGAUAGAUGUACACUGAAAACUGGACAUUAUAACAUUAAUUUUAUUAGUUCUCUGGGAGUGAGCUACAUGAUGUUGUGCACUGAAAAUUACCCGAAUGUUCUGGCCUUCUCUUUCCUGGAUGAGCUUCAGAAGGAGUUCAUUACUACUUAUAACAUGAUGAAGACAAAUACUGCUGUCAGACCAUACUGUUUCAUUGAAUUUGAUAACUUCAUUCAGAGGACCAAGCAGCGAUAUAAUAAUCCCAGGUCUCUUUCAACAAAGAUAAAUCUGUCUGACAUGCAGAUGGAAAUCAAGCUGAGGCCCCCUUAUCAAAUUUCCAUGUGUGAACUGGGGUCGGCCAAUGGAGUCACAUCUGCAUUUUCUGUUGACUAUAAAGGUGCUGGUAAGAUUUCUUCUGCUCACCAGCGACUGGAACCAGCGACUCUGUCAGGGAUUGUGGCAUUUAUCCUCAGUCUUUUAUGUGGAGCUCUGAAUUUAAUUCGAGGUUUUCAUGCCAUAGAAAGUCUUUUGCAGAGUGAUGGUGAAGAUUUUAAUUACGUUGUUGCAUUUUUCCUUGGAACAGCAGCCUGCCUUUACCAGUGUUACUUACUUGUCUACUACACCGGCUGGCGGAAUGUCAAAUCUUUUUUGACUUUUGGUUUAAUCUGUCUGUGCAACAUGUAUCUCUAUGAACUGCGCAACCUGUGGCAGCUUUUCUUUCAUGUGACUGUGGGGGCGUUCGUUACACUGCAGAUCUGGCUAAGGCAAGCCCAGGGCAAGGCUCCUGAUUAUGAUGUCUGACACCAUCCUUCAGACAUGUUGCCCUGGCUUCUGGGGAAAAAGGAAGAGGGAGCCUAUCUUAACUGCCACUGUGAUGAAGAAACUGUUCACCACAUUCAAGAAGCUCUGCUUUCUUUCUGUCCAACUAUCCUGUUUGUUUUAAGUCAGCAUGGCAUGCCUGGGAGCAUGCGGUACCUGCUAGGCCGACUCCUCACGUUAGCCGUGAGAUUAUUAUUCAGAGGAGGAGGAGACUGCUCUCCACACGGCCACGGCAGCGGACGAACAGUCAGAAGCCAUUGGAAGAAUUGGCCAGCGGUCCUGAAUCCUUCUGAAGAGUUCAAUCAAAAACUGUGUGUGGUCCGUGCUCUUGAGGACCAAGCGGGGACUCUACAGCCUGGGUUCGCCUUUGUGAGGCCUAAGUAGAGCCUAAAUAAAAAGAUGCCGUGGAGUUUCUGUUUCAGACGACUUGCUAAAUAUCAGAUUACAUGCACAUUUUUGGUACCAAGAGUUUAUGAAGUCCAGGAUGGUGUGGAAUUGGUUCUUUUUCCUUUUAUAUUUUUGCUUGAAUCUUAUCUGGAAAUCACUUGAUAUAGGAGAAGGCUUUUUUGAGCUUAUCUCUAGAACAUCACAAGUAUUGAAAACACAGUAACAUAUGUUUCCUUUCUAGACCAUGUUUGUAGUUUCUUUUGAAAUUACUUUUUAAACAUGUGAUUUGUUAGAUUAUAUAGCCAUUGUUCCCCAAACUUCAGUCACUUGAGUAUUACAUACACUGUUAUUUCUUAGUAUUUAUCUUUUUAAAUCUUCAAAUAGUUUAAAAAACAAACUAAUCUCUUCUCCGAGAGGAAAACCAGCAUCUAUUUACCAGGAAUAACUACAAAAUAAAAGAUGUUAUUAAAUUCUAACUAGAUACUAAUGCCUCCCAAGGCUCUGAAUCCAAGAAGCCUGCUCUUUGUUAGGGUGAGAGAGAUGUUACCCAGCACCAAAAUGGGGCGCUUUCUGUGGAAUUAUCAGAAGGAUAAAAUUGUAAAGGGAAUGACAUUUCACUGUGAUUCUGUAUUAUUCUGUGUUGUAUACCACCUUAAAUACUCUUGUGUGCCACCGUGGUGUGGGUCCUGCUCUGUGGAAACACUGAACUGUACUAAGAGAAUCAGAAGGUAACAACUUCCAGCAAACUCUUAGUAUUUUGUGGCUUUGAGGAGUUCAGCUCCUAGUAUCUUAGAGAACUUGUUUGCUUUUUGAUAACAUUAUAAAGGUUGUUUAAGCAGUUAUGAAUUAAUAAUACAGGAAGCACAGUUUGAUUCCAUUAGCAAGAUCUGCAACUCUCCUGGUUUCGGAAGGUACCUUCAUUAAUGAUUUUCUUUUGUUUUUAAAGAAAAGAUUCCAAGGAAAGUAUAUAUAAGGUACUAAAAUUUGAUAUCCAGAAGACAGUGAACCCAUUACAUAUAAUUCAUGUUACUAAGUGUAUUUAUUAAGCAGAAUAAUACAGAGGGGUAAAGUCAUUGAACCACCAUGUUUGCCUGAACCUGUAUAUGUAGAUAUGUCUGCAAUUGUAAAAUCUUGCUUAACUAGAACCUUUUAGGAGAAUGAGGCAAAAGGAAGACAAUAAGCUUGUAAUAUCAAGGAUUUAAUUAAAACAGGAAAUUCCAUUUUGGUUUUCUGACUCUAACAAAACUGCACAGAAAUUAUGUAUUUUCUGAGAGCUACCCCAAGAUAGACUACAUGAUCCUAAAUCAGCAAAAUAAAGUUGGUUUAUGUUUGGCAUUUUGUACUUACUGAGCCAGGAGAGUGAAGUGGUUCAGUUUAGAAAAUUUUUUCUGAACUAAUGGUUAAAACAAGAAGAGUUCUUGUAAAUAGCCAGGCAACCAAGAAGUUGGAGCAUUCUGUGAUUUUGCUAUAUAUUGAUACUUUAUAGCUCUCUUACCAGUUGGUUCAGUUUGGUUCUCCAUAUUACUGAAUUAUUGAAAUAUAGUGGUUGGUGUUUGGAUCAUUCAGCCAGGACACUUUAAAACUCACCAGCUGUCUUUAAAGGCUUAAUUUGUUUUUUUGUUUUUGUUUUGUUUUUUUCACUGCUAUUUUGGAUGAUGGGAUGUUUACAUCUUAAUGUAAAAAAUGAAAAUAGGCAUAAAUAAUGUUUAUGUA